CCACGAUCGCCCGCAUCACAGUUGCGCCGCCGGCGGCCAUCUUGUUUUACUAAUCGGUGGAAUUUGGUUGCGUUUAUUGAGAGAUUCGAUUCACACGGUUUAUUUGUCGGAUAGCCUCUUCGUUAAAAUGGGGAGAUUCAAGGCGCUCCAGUUCAUCGGCGAAGUACAAAAGAGACCGCCCAUAUGGGAUGCCUCGUGCGAGGAGUACGGUAACAGAGAUAUUAGAAAGCAGUGCUGGGCGCAAAUCGUCGAUAUAUUCGUCGAUAAGAAGGCAACCAAGGCGGAGAGAAGAUAUCUAAGUGUAGAUUUGCAGAAAAGAUGGAAAAACAUAAGAACGUGUUACGCGAGGGAGUUGAAACGACAGAAACAGUUGGAGGCCGGGAUCCCGAUCGAGUCGGAUCGGAAAUCUGAGUAUAUAUACUGGAAGCAGCUGCAAUUCCUGCAGAAAGAAUCCCAAGACACCGACACGCCAGAGAUUAAGAAGGAAUGCGUUGAGGAGCACUACAUCGAAAUAGAGGAGCAGCCUCUAAAGAUGAUCAAACUGGAAAACGAACAGCCAGACUCGGAUCCUUUUGAUUCCGGUCACACUGAGCAGGAACCAAUAGCAUCCACAUCGGCCGAAUCUAACGAAGACAACAGACUGACAGACGCUCCUUUUCAUUCCGUUUAUACUAAGCAGAGGAAUAAAGAUCACGAACCCAGUUUCGCCGAAGCGAACGUAGGCCACAAACAGACGGUCUCACGUCUUUUACCGUCCGUUUAUACCGAGCAGAGAUCCACAGAUCGUGAAUGCACUUUGGCCGAAGCUGAGGAAGACAAGAUGUUCCUUAUGUCGUUGUUGGGUACAUUAAAUAGUUUACCGUCUCGAAAGAAGAUGAAUACUAAAAUAAAAAUUAUGUCGGUGCUGCACGAGGCGAUGCAAUACAACGAUUGAAAGAGUGGUUCAAGUAGCAGGGUUAGAAGAUUAUAGAUAGCAAUCGUUUCAAGUCUCCACAUGGACAGUUUUCAAGAAAAUGCCACUCGGCGACACAAUAAAUAUGGUUGAAAUUGAACAAAUAGCGUAAAUGUAAAAUAUUUAAAUACGUUUAGCUUAGACGGGCGACCGUGAAAU